AUGUCCAGCGCCAUCAUUCGUUCUUUCACCCGCACGCCCUUCCGUAGAGCUGUUCAGCUCCGUCGUGGAGGCGGCCACGCCGAGGGAUACAAUCAGCCCACGGGAUACCUCUUCGGCGAGAAGCCCCUCCCCCCAGGUGCCAAGCGCGUCAAGGAGGACUGGGAGGGUAUUUUCCUUUACGGAUUCAUGGGUUCCAUGGCCGCUGGAGCCGCCCUCAUCUACUACAAGCCCGAUACAAACAUGCAAAACUGGGCUAUGAAGGAGGCCAAGGCAAGGAUGGAGGCCCGUGGAGAGACUGUUGAGUACAAGCGCCAGGAGUAA